UAAGAAAAUUAUAAACCGAGAAACACAUACUCUUGGGAAUUAUAUAGAAUUAUCACAGGUUAUAAUUGGUACGAAAAAACAAGAUAUUAUUUGACUCACCAGGAUGAGAAGACCUAGUUUCAUCAUAUUACUUUUAUUACUUAUAAUAAAUAAAUUAUCGAUAUGCCAAGGAAAAUCGAUAAUGCAGUCUCAAGCAGUUUAUUACCAAAAUAAUCAAGGAGUGGCUGCAAUUACUACAACAUCCAAUGGUACUGUAAUAUGUGGAGGCCUUAAAUGUGUAGAAGGUAGCAAAGGCUGCAAAGUAGACAUUCAGACCACAUAUGAUAACAGAUUUAUUCUAACAACUCGUGAAUGCUAUGACAUAAAUGGCAAAAUUAUAAUGAGCGACUCCAAUACAGAAUUGAAUCCAAACCCAAGUACUAGUUUUAAAAUCACUUCUGUUUCUAUGAAGAUUAAGAAGAAAAAACAGCACUCACAACAGACGCAAAUCGUAGUUCAAGCAUAA